AUGGCGCCCCCUAGCGGCGCGCUGCCGCCGUUGCCGCGUUCGCUGCGCGUUGUGCGGGGCCGGGCCCCUCGCGGCCGCCGUCGGGGCCGGGCCGGGCCGGGCCGGGCAGGAGCGGCCACGGGGAACCUGUUCGGGCGGAAACGGCGGAGCCGCGUCACGGAGCAGGACCGGGCCGUGCUGCAACUGAAGCAGCAGCGGGACAAGCUCCGGCAGUACCAGAAGCGGCUGAGCCUGGGGCUGGAGCGGGAGCGGGCGCUGGCCCGGCAGCUGCUCCGGGACGGCAAGAAAGAGAAAGCCAUGCUCCUGCUGAAAAAGAAACGGUACCAGGAGCAGCUUCUGGAUAAAACAGAGAACCAGAUCAGCAACCUGGAGCGGAUGGUCCAGGACAUUGAAUUCACCCAGAUUGAAAUGAAGGUCAUCGAGGGCCUGAAAAUAGGCAAUGAGUGUCUGAACAAAAUGCACCAGGUUAUGUCCAUAGAAGAAGUGGAAAGGAUAAUAGGAGAAACGCAGGAUGCUGUGGAUUAUCAGAGGCAAAUAGACGAGCUCCUGGCUGGCAGCCUGACUGAGGAGGAUGAAGAUGCCAUUCUAGAAGAAUUAAAUGCUAUUACUCAGGAACAGUUGGAGCUUCCAGAGGUUCCUUCGGAGCCGCUCCCGGAGAAGAUCCCAGAAGUGUCACCCAUCAAGAACAGGCCAAAGCCAGAGCUGGUGGCAGCAUCUUAACUCCCAGUGCUGGGGAUUCCCCCACGAAACUUUCACCCUGGACAGUUUGCCCUCCCAGCAUGUGCUGGGAACAGGCAAUGCCUUGGCAGCAUCCCAGCUGUGCUGGGUGGAUUGUGGAGCAGGAUUCCCUGCGCAGGGUGGGGAACCUCAGCUGAUUAUCGCUCUUGUAUCAAGAUUAUUUUCUAGUGCUUUCAUUUUUUGUAACUUAAAUUCCAAACUCACUCAGCUGCGCUGUCUCCAGGAUUAAACAGCAACUUUAAUCAUCCAAAGCCAA